AUGAAGGACAGUAUCGCCAACAACAGCACAGCCAGCAUAUCCCAAGCCAGGAAAGCUGUAGAGCAGCUGAAAAUGGAGGCCUGCAUGGAUAGGAUAAAGGUGUCCAAGGCGGCAGCAGACCUGAUGGCAUACUGUGAUGCCCACAUACGUGAGGACCCUCUCAUCGUCCCCGUCCCGGCCUCCGAGAACCCGUUCCGAGAGAAGAAGUUCUUCUGCACCAUCCUCUGA